CCUAAUUGCACCACCACAAACCUCUCUAAGCCCUGUACCCUAAAAACAGCAUAUAACCUAAUUAUUGGAACCAUGCAAGCAGAGUUUUUGCACCAACCAUCUUUUAGGAUAUUCCCUUUUAAUUUUGUUUCCUCAACGUUCUCAAAACCUGGACUUAAAAGGAACCUACUUGUUCAUCUUCGUUUUUUUCAGCUUUGCUUUAUUCAUUCAUAAAAACUCUUGAGGCCUUAGCUUCUUCACAUUCAUAUAUUCAUUUAUUCAUUCAUGUAAGAAUUAAUACUAACAAUGUUGGCGUGAUCAUAUAUUAUUGUGAUGUGUUAUGCAGUUUCAUCAUUCAUUUGAUAACAAUCAAGGCUCACUAUUUAUUAAUCUUGCAGAUAUAUACACAUAGAUAUUAUUCAUAUUGCUGUCAUUGUAAGAAAGAAGAGAAGAGAAAGAAUAUAUUGUUAUUGUUAUAAUAAUAAUUAUUAUCAGAAGAAGAAGAAUGAGCUUCAGAGUAAGAGAAUCACAAAAGGAAUUGGGGUCUCCAAGGGGAGAGAUUGGAGAGAUAGAUACAAGGGCUCCAUUCCAAUCUGUGAAAGCUGCUGUUAGUUUAUUUGGUGAGGUAGCAGUUCCAAAAUCUUCUUCUAUCAAGAGGAAAUCCUCUGAGAAUGUACUGGAAAAGGAGACACAACUUCUGUUGGCCCAAAGAGAACUAAACAUGAUAAAGAAACAGCUUGGCAGUGCUGAGAAUACAAAAUCUAAAGCACUUGCUGAGCUUGAGAGGGCCAAUGUAACACUUCAGGACUUGACAAAGAAGCUCAUCGGUGUCAGAGAAUCUAAGGAGACGGCAAUAGAGGCAGCCGAAGUCGUGAAGAACAAGGCCAAAAUACUCGAGGAACAACUGUCCCAAAAAGCUAUAGGAUAUGAAGCUUGGAAAAGAGAACUAGAGCAAGCAAGAAAGGAGUAUCAAACAACUGUGAAGGAACUAGAUGCUUCCAAGCAAGAACUCAAUCAGAUAAGGCAAGAUUUCGAUGCAGCUUUGGAGGCAAAGUUGGCUGCAUUCCAAACUGCAGGGGAAGCUCAACGAUCCACUAAGAUGAACUUGGAAAAAGUCAAUGAAAUGUCAAAUGAAAUCGCAAACAUGAAGGCGUCAAUUGAACAGCUGAAGCUUCAAACUCUAAAAGCACAAGAAGAACAGGUACAGGUCAUGCAGGAAAGGGAAAGCCAACUAAGCUAUUACAUAACCGCAAAGGAAGAUGCGCAGGCAAAGUUGACGGCCUUAAAGGCCGAAUAUGACCCUGAACUAACAGCAAGCCUAGAGGUGAAACUGGCCGAAACAAGUGCAGAGAUUCAGCUUCUUCAGGAGCAGAUGAGGGAGGCACAUGCUUCUGAAAUGGAAUCUGUGAGACAAAUGACUGAUGAGAUUAAACAAGCUACAAAGAUGCUGCAUGAAGUUGUUGCAGAAGAAAAUUCCCUGAGAGAAUUAGUUGCUUCUCUUAGGACAGAUUUAGAACAAGUGAAGAGAGACCAAGAAGAACUUAAGGAGAAGCAACAGGCGGCUGAAGCUCUUGCUGCCAGCCUCACCAGUGAACUACAAACUAUCAAGGAAGAGGCAGGGCCUGACCCUGGUUCUGUGGAGGAAGUUGAUCUCACUCAAGAGAUGAGUUUGAAGAUUCAGGAGCUAGCAUUGGAGACAGAAAGUGCAAAAAGGGAAGAAGAAGAAUUGAGAGUACAAACCGAAGAGCUGAAGCGAGAAGCUGAAAAAGCUCAGGCCAUGGCUGAAGAAUUAGGGAGAAAGCUGGAGGAUGCCCUUAGAGAGGCUGAAGAAUCAAAGGCAGCAGAACGGAAAGCGAUUCAGGAAAUGAAAACAUUGUCUGAUAUGCGAGGGAGAGUCUCCGAUGCAGAUUCUAAUUCUAAUGCUAAUGCUAAUGCUAAUAGCAAGAUUGUAUUAUCAGUCAAGGAGUUUGCAGCUUUGAGUGGAAAGAUCAAGGAAUCCGAAGAUUUGAUUGAGAGGACAGAAGCAGCUGCACAUGCUCAGGUGGAAGCAAUCAAUGCAAGGAAAAGAGAAGUGGACAAGAAAGUAGAAGCUAACCUGAAAGCAAUUGAAGAAAUUAAGGCUGCAACAGAUAUGGCUCUUAGAAAUGCAGAGAUGGCAGAUUCUGCGAAAGAAGCAGUCGAGGAUGAGCUAAGAAGGUGGCGUGAAGAACAAAACAGCGAUAUGGACUAUGCAGAAAAUUCUGCAAGAUCAAUCUCCUUGCACAUCUAGAAGGCUAUAGAACGUCAAAGAUCAGAUAUUUAGAUGGUGUUCAAUCUAUAAUCAAAAGGAGCAAAAGGGAACCAUAUUGGUUGUAGCAUUUCAAAUUUUGCCCUUUCUCUUUUGGAUUUGGGAGGUUCCUUUCAACUACAUGUCCAUGAUGAUCAUUUUAUCGAUCAACAGCUUCCAUAAAACAAUUUGCAAAUGCAGAUAAGCUCAUUGUCAAGAUCUGUUUUAAAGUUUUGGGUUCCUAGGACCCUUAAAACUUCCAAAAACUAAAAAAAUAAAAAAAUAAAAAUCAAUGGUUUAGGAGAAACAUUUAGAUUUAGCUUCUCUUUAGAUUUGCUUCUUUACUUUGCAAAAUUAUAAAAAGCUGAAGAUGAUGAUUGAGUGCAGGAAAUGAAGGACAUUUGCAAUUUGUUUCCAAAUGAGGCAACAAAAUGGACAAGGCCAGCUUCUGGUAAUGGUGCAUUGAUGAUCUUGUAAAGUGUAAACCAUGCAAAUAGAAAGUGCAUACUAUUUUGUUUUGUUCUUAUUUCCAAAUUCCAACUCCCAUCAUGUAUUUAUUCAUAAAUUUGUUUAUGAAGAAAAUUUUUCCUAAUCUAUUACUCCAAUGUUUAGAUCCUGAAAAGAUCCAUCUCACUAGAAUCUCCAACUACAUGAACAGAAUUAUUAUCAUUCACAUUUAUUGAUAUAGAAUUCAUUUUUGGUAAAUAUCAAACAAUAUCAAUUAACCUAACGUGCUUGGGACUAAGCAUCAAUUGAGACAACAUAAAACUCAUACAUUUUACAUCCAAUUAAUUGCUUUUCAAAUUCAUCUAAAUGGUUUGUAAUUAGUAGUAUUUUGUUUUUUGAAAAAAUCUAUGCACCAAGUAUAAAAGAACAUGUUGAAAUAUUACAAAUAAAGUACAAAGGUAAGACAUUUAAGGAAAAACAACAAAAUUUUUCCUUUGUGAAUAAAUGGAAUAGUAUAUUUAAUCAUAUUAAUAAUUAGACCCCUUUUCCCAAGUUCAACCCUACAAAUUGCAAGCGUAGACAAAUACAAAUUGAGAAGGCAAACCAUGGAAAGUUGAGAUGGAACACAUUACGUCACAAACAAAAUACUAUAUUUGACAUUUCUCUAUUGUAUAUUUAAAGCUGGGGUAUCCACUUUAUUCCAACUACUACUGAAUUCCUCAACCUUAACAUAAAAGCUAAACUAAUUCUGCAGAAUCCUAAUGUUUAAGCAAUGUGAAUGUUCCCCUUGACUACACAUAGAUUGGUUCAAAUGGUUAAACAGGACAAACCAUUUUAACUCAUCAGUGCAAAUCCUGAAUGAAAGGUACUCCGUCGGUUCCUUUUUAUCUAUCACUGUUAAUUUCCGGCACAUCCACGGAUCAAUGUAUCCAGAAAACAAUACAAUUAAUAUGUAUCAGAAAGUAAUAGUAA